AUGUCUCAAAACGAACAUACUACCACACCUCCAUCGGAAACCAAUUCUCAAACACAAGAACCAUCAUCAACAGAAACGACCAUCGGAAAUGAAGCUGUACCAAUAUCUACGCACCCGAAUCAUUCUGAUGAUGAUUGGGAAGCUGUGGAUGACGAAGAUUUAUUUGAAGAUGACAAUUUUGAAGAAAACUCUCCUAUCGAAAAUAAUGGCUCUUCCACUACUGCAGUGGUUGAAGAGAAAAAGUAUUCCAACGAUUUAGGAUGUUCUCAUUAUCCACACAAUUGCCAAAUAGAAUCUCCGUGCUGUAAAGAAUUCUUUUGGUGCCGGGUUUGUCAUGAUAAUGAAGCAUUUACGAAAUAUAAAUGCAAAGUCGAGAAUAUGGACCGAUAUUCUGUUAAACGAGUAAAGUGCAUGAGAUGUGGUACUAUACAAUCGAGUGAAAACGUAGAAUGUGAAAAUCCAGAAUGCAAGACAAUUUUUGGCGAGUUUUAUACAUGCACCAUUUGUCACAUCUAUUCCAAUGAUCCAAAAAGACCAAUCUAUCAUUGUGAAGGAUGUAAAAUUUGUCGGCUUGGCAAGAGAGAACAAUUUGUGCAUUGUUAUACGUGUGGUGCCUGUAUGGCUCCGAACCAUAAAUGCAUUCCACAAUGUAUGCAAUCGAGCUGCCCCAUCUGCAUGGAAGAUUUAUUCUCAUCAAGAGAAAGCGUACAUUUACUGAGAUGUGGACAUCCCAUGCAUUUGAAUUGUUUUAGAAAUUCUUUAAAGAACAGAAUUUAUAAUUGUCCAAUAUGUCAAAAGUACAUGGUUGAAAUUUCAGAAGAAUCUACUCGCAUCAUUGAUGAAGAGAUUGCAAACACUCCACUUCCACAAGAAUUGCAGGAUAAAAAGGUGAAAAUUCUAUGCAAUGAGUGUUUACAACGUAAUGAAGCUGCAUUUCACAUCUUUGGUAUCAAGUGUCCGAAUUGUGGAAGUUACAAUACCAAGCAAACAGUGUAA